UUUAGUUUUCUACUUUCGUUUUUCCUUGCAAUGGCUGAUUUCGAAUGGCCAUGGCAGUACAAUUUUCCACCCUUUUUUACAAUUCAACCCAAUCUUGACACUAGGAAGAAGCAGCUGGAAGCUUGGUGUGCAUUGAUUUUGGACUACCACAGAAAAAACAAAUCCUACAGCAUAGACAUUACUGAGAUUCAGUCAUCACCACUAUUUUAUAACAAAAAAAUUAAUCGCAAAUUACCUGUUGAUGGUAUUCAUACUGUGUUAGAAGAGUUGAGAAAACAAGGUCAUAUAGAAUGGAAGGAUCCUAAAGCAAAAAAACAGGGAUUAAUUAUGUGGAGGACUCCGGAGGAAUGGGGGAAAAUAAUCUAUAGCUGGGUAACAUCUAAGAGUUUACAGAACUCUGUGUGUACACUGUAUGAAUUAUCUGAAGGGGAGGACUCAGAGGGAACAGAAUUUCAUGGACUGGAAAAAUGGUUAUUACUCAGAGCUCUACAGAGUCUACAAGAUCAAGGGAAGGCAGAACUCAUGAACUUUGAUGGAAAUGAAGGAGUGAAAUUUUUCUAGUCAUAACAUACAUAAUCCUCAAGUUGAUGUUAGACUUUCCCACACUGGUCUAUCAUAUAGAGUGUGCAUUCCUAAUGUUAGAAUUGUAAGCGAUAUAACCUCUGUCAUUUUACUUUGAUUAAGACAUGUUCAAUUACAAGUACAAUGUACAUUUAUUUAAAAAAAGUAACACAAUAUCUGACUAUAUUUACAUCUGAAAAUUUUUAAACAGCAAUACAUUGAUAAUUUACAAGUUAUUGUCUUAAAGUUUUUUCACUGUGUGUUCAUUAGGACAACACUUGUGAAAGGGGCGGGGGGUUCUUUCCGCUUUCUUGAAUUUACCAUGUACAUGUAUUACUUUAGAUUGGAAUGCUUUUAACUGUAUACAUUUAUAUUAUUUAUAUAAAUAAUUUUUGUAAUAAAUCAUUAAAUAUA